AUGCAAUGGCAACUCCCUCUCCAGCAAAGAGCAUGGGUGACCCCGGCAUCACCCCACUGUCACCCUCACACAUUCAGGUAAGAAACACACCAUGGAAUAUUCUGCAUGGCGAUAGAUCCACAAGAGCUGUAUGAAGUCUGUACAAACAACUCCAUUACUUUGGAAUGAGAGAUUGGUAUGAGAGAUUCACCACACAGUUUUCUUAAGUCGUCAACUAGCCACCAGCUUUUCCAUCCAGAAUAAAUCACACAUCUCCUUAAACGUUCUUCGUUUGUUGACUACACUUUUCUGUCCUCUCCACCUCAGCAAAAUGACACGGACUCGAAUGCCCACACGGGACCUUCGUUCAUCGUGGUGGUUGCUGUCGACUUUGGCACCACUUCUAGCGGCUAUGCUUAUGCCUUCACUAAGGAGCCAGAAUGCAUUCACACCAUGAGGUGAGCCAAGCCAACACUGCAAGGCAGUCGCUGGGAGCAGGAGGAGAGAUAGAGAGAGACAGAUAUAGAUUGAAGGAGUCAUAGGGAGGUGCACUCAGGUCAGGUUGUUCUGUUCUGUAGCAGAGUCUUAUUGAAUAUUAUCUGGCAGGUGAUGCAGGAGAGAUGGAGAACCAAGAAUGCAUAGUGCUACUUUCUGUUCUUAGCUCUUAUUUAGGCAUAAUCAUACCAGAAGGGUUGCUGAUAGCCAGGUUAAAGGUGUUUAUCAAAGUAUUGCUCCUCAAAUGUAUUGUCAUCAUAUGGAGAUAUAAAGGGCCAUGGAGGCUUCUAACUGGAUUCCGAUGACUGUCCUUAAAGGUCAGAAGAAACUGUGUUUGCUCCCUCUCUCACCAGAUAAUAUGCCUCAUUGGCAGUCAUCAUGUCAUGGCCCCAGUCAGUGUAAUGCUCCUGUUAGCACUGGUAGGAGGAGCUGGUUCAUUUUGCUGAGGAACCAGCUAGACUGCAGUCCUGAGACCUGUAGGAUCCGCUGACCCAUAAAACACACAGGUCAACUCUUUUCCCUGUGUGUGUCAGGCACAAGGGCCAACCUCCAUACCUUGCAGUCCCUCACAAAACAGAAUGGUUUCAUGCACUAGUUUUAAGGGGGCCAUGUUUGAACUUUGAAUUCAUGGCAUAUCUUAGAGUAGCUGUGGCCAAUCUGAUCCAUAGAGGGCCAGUGUGUUGCAGGUUUUAGUUGAUUUGAAUUAUUUUUCAAUUCAUAGCUAAACUUCUUGAUAUUUAACUGGCAAUCACCAAUAGUUCUAAGGAGUUUUACAUAGAGAAACCAUGUCUGGAAACUCUAUAUACAACUUGUUACAGUUGUAUGCAUGACUUUCCACCAAAAUCUGCACUUUCGCUCUUGCAAAAUAUCAACAGAAAAUGGGUAACAAAAAAUCUGUCAAAGGUGAAACUCUUAAAUUCUGUAAUAGUUUAAACAAGGGUUGUGGGUUAGACUACGAGGUUGAACAGUUACACUGAGAUGUAGCAAUUCUGUGCUGAAUAAUACACACAUCUUUCUAUGUCUUGGACAUUUCUCUGAGAAAUAAGUUGUUUUGCAGGAGUACUAGAUAAAAUGGAGUGUCAUUAAUGUCACAUCCUUAGGGUGAUGCAACACAGAGAGACACAUAGAGAGACCCAGACUGGGAGAAUGGUCAAUUGGGGAAUCCUCUCCUGUCAUGGGUCAUUAACUCCAGACAUCAGACAACAGUUGAGCAAGAUAUUUUUACUGGUGCUACCAGACCUUGCAGCGAAAACAGCCAGAGCCCCAAGAUUAUUUAGUUUGGAUUGAACCAUCUGCUCUCCAAAUCCUUACAUAAACAAUAAUAAGCCCUCCGAAUGGAUCUGUAAAGUUUGCCCAUACCUCGAGGGAACUCUUUUGGGGUGCUUUAAUGUUUUAGUUCUCUUAUGAUAGAGAUUUCAGUGUAUAACUCUUUGAAUAGAGGAGGAAUGCAUUGGUGUAUUGAUAGUGAGCAUUAGCCAGUUGCAUCUCUAUGACAUUUACAUUAGCAUUCCUUCCCUGUCCUCACUGUUGCUGACCCUCACAAUGGAGCAGGAUUCCAAUUACGAAUAGAAAACCAACCUGAGAUGAAAACAGCUAUUCGGACAUGGCUGCCAGUUCCUCAAGAACUUCCCAACACUCUUACUCUCUCAACUGACAAUAUGUUUUAUUGUGUGUAGAUUUUUUAGAUAUAAUUGCUGCUCAUGCUACGUUUGACAGUAAGCCACCCUUUAGUAAUAUGUAGGCUACAGUACGUGCACUAAGGCUUUUAGAUGGUGAUUGUCAGAGGUCUGAAUAUAAGCUUGUCUGGCCUCCCACUGCACGAAAUGCCUGUCUUACAGACUGUAUGCACAGUGAAAAUAAAUGCAUAAUUUACAUACUUUCACUCCUUACAGCAAUUUUCAGUGAGGCAUAUUCCAGUCCAGACCAUCUAAGGUCAUAUUAUACAGUAGGCUAGCUCUUUUUCACCUGUCAUGUUCUUACAUGUAGACCAGUUUAGCUAUACUGUGAAGUUAUUUGCAUUCAGCAACAGUUUGAAUCACAACAAAAAAAAAUAUUUCUGUUACAACGACUAACUCGCAGACACUGUCACGUUGAGGCUAUGUUGUUGUGACGGAAUUCGUUUUGAAUAAAUAGGCUACAGGUUUGGAUUUUUAGAUUGUAUCAAAUUACCAUGUCAAUUAGGGUAUACGUUUUAACCAAACAUAGAUCAUUCAAAAAUAUUAGGGCUUUAUCGAGCGUGAUCAUGCUGUGAUGUGAUUUGGAGAAGAAUUAUCUGUCUAUUACAUGUGGACAUACCAUCGGUCUAUAGGGCUGUGGUGAUGAUGAAUAUUGUCAUGACGAUUAUAAAGUGCUGUUGAAUGAUAAACACAGAUUGUACGCAAAAGAGCCUAAGAUAAUCUCCAUCAUAUUUGUAAUGUUAAAGUUUGUGAGAAAAAAUGUUGUACUCAGCAGUGGUGGAAGAAGUACUCAAUUGUCAUACUUGUGUAAAAGUAAAGAUACCUUAAUAGAAAAUGACUCAAGUAAAAGUGAAUGUCACCCAGUAAAAUACUACUUGAGUAAAAGUCUAAGUAUCAAAAGUAAAUGGAAUUGCUAAAAUGUACAUAAGUAUCAAAAGUAAAGUACAAAUAAUUUCAAAUUCCUUAUAUUAAGCAAACCAGACGGCACGAUUUAAAUGUUUAAUUUACGGAUAGCCAGGGGAACACUCCAACACUCAGACAUAUUUUACAAGCAAAGCAUUUGUGUUUAGUGAGUCCGCCAGAUCAGAGGCAGUAGAGAUGACCAGGGAUGUUCUCUUGAUAAGUGUGCGAAUUGGACCAUUUUCCUGUCAAAAUGUAACGAGUACUUUUGGGUGUCAGGGAAAAUGUAUGCAGUAAAAAGUACAUUAUUUUCUUUAGGAAUGUAGUGAAGUAAAAGUAAAAGUUGGUAAAAAUAUAAAUAGUAAAGUAAGGUACAGAUACAAAAAAAAACUACUUAAGUAGUACUUUAAAGUAUUUUUACUUAAGUACUUUACACCACUGGUACUCAGGGCACCAUUGGGAAUGAGUCCCUGGUCUCAAUUGGGCUACCCUGAAUAAAUAAAAGUUGAGGAAAAAUAUAAGAAUCGUAAUUUAGAUUAGCAGUGAGCAUCCAGUCAUUUCCCCCAAAUCUUCCAAAUGAGUCCCUCACAGCAGGCUUCUCCCCCAGUGAGACUGACCCAUAAUACUAAAUUAUAAUUGUAAUUAUUUUGCACUAUGGCCUAUUUAUUGCCUUACCUCCAUAACUUACUACAUUUGCACACACUGUAUAUAGAUUUUCUAUUGUGUUAUUGACUGUGCGUUUUGUUUAUUCCAUAUGUAACUCUGUGUUGUUGUUGUUUUUUACGCACUGCUUUGCUUUAUCUUGGCCAGGUCGCAGUUGUAAAUGAGAACUUGUUCUCAACUGGUUUACCUGGUUAAAUAAAGGUUAAAUAAAAAAUAAAUAAAAAUAAUCUCAUCAGGGCACUUAGCAAACAUACGCUCAUCUCCAAGGGAACCAAACUAAUUAUAGUUAUCCUUCAUUUGCCCAGAACUAGUGUAGCACAAUUAGUGUGUAGGUCAUGUUGUGUCUCUUUGUUAACAACAGCUGGUGCGCGAGCUCUAAUAUUAAGGAAAUCUCGAGGUUCUGCUCGCUUGAGUUAGAAUACCUCAUGAUAAGCAGUAGACCAUACUACUUAACAAGAGAGUUUUCAUCUAUAUUUUUUGUACCUGUCUAUUUACCACCACAAACCGAUGCGGGCACUAAAACCGCACUGAACGAGCUGUAUAGGGCCUCAAGCAAACAAGAAAAUGCUCAUCCAGAGGCGAUGCUCCUAGUGGCCUGUGAUUUUAAUGCAGGGAAACUGAAAUCAAUUUUAACUCAUUUCUACCAGCAUGUGCAACUAGAGACGAAAAAACUCUAGAUCACCUUCACUCCACACACAGAAAUGCAUACAAAGCUCUCCCUCGCCCUCCAUUUGGCAAAUCUGACCAUAACUCUAUCCUCCUGAUUACUGCUUACAAGCAAAAACUCAAACAUGAAGUGCCAGUGACGCGCCCAAUACGGAAGUGGUCAGAUGAAGUGGAUGCUAAGCUACAGGACUGUUUCACUAGCACAGACUGGAAAAUGUUCUGGGAUUCAUCCGAUGGCAUUGAGAAGUUUACCACAUCAGUCACCGGCUUCAUUAAUUUUUACAUUUACAUUUUAGUCAUUUAGCGGACGCUCUUAUCCAGAGCGACUUACAGUUAGUGAGUGCAUACAUUUUUCAUACUGGCCCCCCGUGGGAAUCGAACCCACAACCCUGGCAUUGCAAGCACCAUGCUCUACCAACAGAGCUACAUACAGUGAGGGAAAAAAGUAUUAGAUCCCCUGCUGAUCCUGCACGCCUGCCCACCGACAAAGAAAUGAUCAGUCCACAACUUCAAUAAGUGCAUUGACGACGUCAUCCCCACAGUGACCGUAUGUACAUAUCCCAACCAGAAGCCAUGGAUUACAGGCAACAUCCGCACUGAACUAAAGGCUAGAGCUGCCGCUUUCAAGGAGCGGGACACUAAUCUGGAAGCUUAUAUGAAAUCCCGCUACGACCUCUGACGAACCAUCAAAUAGGCAAAGCGUCAAUAGAGGACUAAGAUUGAAUCCUACUAAAUCGGCUCUGACGCUUGUUGGAUGUGGCAGGGCUUGGAAACUAUCAUGGAUUACAAAGGGAAACCCAGCCGCAAGCUGCCCAGUGACGUGAACCUACCAGACGAGCUAAAUGCCUUCUAUGCUCGCUUCAAGGUAAGCAACACUGAACCAUGCAUGAGAGCACCAGCUGUUCCAGACGACUGUGUGAUCACGCUCUCUGUAGCCGAUGUGGGUAAGACCUUUAAACAGGUUAACAUUCACAAAGCCGCAGGACCAGACGGAUUACCAGGACGCGUACUCAGAGCAUGCACUGGCCAGCAGGCAAGUGUCUUCACUGACAUUUUCAACCUCUCCCUGACCCAUUCUGUAAUACCUACAUGUUUCAAGCAGACCAUCAAAGUCCCUGGGGCUGAGCCUUCUGUCAUCCAGGACCUCUAUACCAGUCGGUGUCAGAGGAAGGCACUAAAAAUUGUCUGACUCCAGCCACCCAAGACAUAGACUGUUCUCUCUGCUACCGCACGGCAAGCAGUACCGGUGCGCCAAGUAUGGAACCAACAGGACCCUGAACAGCUUCUACCCCCAAGCCAUAAGACUUCUAAAUAGUUAGUUAAAUAGUUAACCAAAUAGCUACCCGGACUAUCUGCAACUUUUUUGGAUUCAUCACAUACACUGCUGCUACUGUUUAUUAUCUAUCCUGUUACCUAGUCACUUUAUUUCUAGUUAUAUGUACAUAUCUACCUCAAUUACCUCGUACCCAUGCACAUCGACUCGGCACUGGUACUCUGUGUAUAUAGUGAAGUUAUCAUUUCUCAUUGUGUAUUUAUUAUUACUUUUAUUAUUAUGUGUUAUUGCUUUUCUAUUAUUUCUCUAUUUUCUUUCUUUCUCGCAUUGUUGGGAAGGGCCCGUAAGUAAGCAUUUCACUGUUAGUCUACACCUGUUGUUUACGAAACAUGUGACAAAUAAAAUUGUAUUUGAUUUGACUUGAGGUUCAGAAAGCCAUUAAUGACUGACAACGAGGGACAGAUGAGGACACACUAUUUCAGUUUGUGUGAUUGACCUUCGACGUGUCUGUUGUCUGUAUAAAUUUUUGUUCAGGUUGUAAUAUUGACAGUAUACAUGAAUGCUUUUAAAUGCAUUCCGCCUUAUUCAGACAUAUUGAGCCAUUUGACACAAAUAGAGGAAAUGCACUGCAGGGAACUGUCUGGUGGUUUCAACAGAUGAAAGAUAGAUGAAACUAAGAUGAAAAGGAAACAGAUGAAAGAUAGAGGCCCACCCACAACCAAAUUGGAGAAUGUCCCCCUAAUAAAGCACAAGAUGCCGAAAUGUACUCUUUGUUGUAAAAAAUUCAUCAAAUAGCUGCCAUAAUUCAGUUGCUCAUUGGUUUUAAUUUUUUUGGUCUUUCCCAGACGCUGGGAGGGCGGUGACCCCGGAGUAUCCAAUCAGAAGACGCCUACCACCAUCCUCCUGACCCCGGACAGGAAGUUCCAUAGUUUUGGCUAUGCAGCACGUGACUUCUACCAUGACCUGGACCCUACCGAGUCCAAGCACUGGCUCUACCUGGAGAAGUUCAAAAUGAAACUCCACACCACUGCAGUAAAGACAUACACGCAUGCACGCACACUUCCCUUAUUACUCUGUGUCUGCCCUUGUGCAGGACUGGCAGUUUGGCUGCCCUGAGCUCACUUUGCAGCAAGCUCUUGAAGUUCUGUGUUCUGUGCCAAGUAGGAGGUAAAAGAGCCAGUAACUGUUGGCUCAGGCUAGUGAUAUUGCACAAAUCUCACCAUAGAUGUAUAAAUGGACAUGAUUUGGAUAAGGCUGUUCGAGUAUGUUGGCUCAUUCUGCCUUAGUGUUUAUCAGUAGAUGUUUGUAUGGUGUUUCAAUUAAAAUAUUACGAUAACAUGGAACUUUUGUUUUCUUUGUCAUUGCUUCUUUCCCCCAAUCAGAAUCUCUCCAUAGAUACAGAACUCCGUGCAGCCAAUGGGAAGAGAGUAAAAGCUAUUGAUAUUUUUGCAUACGCUCUGGCGUUCUUCAAGGAGCAAGCACUAAAGGUAAAGUAUUAACAGGUUCUACUGCAUGGUAUAUAUUUUAUGCAAAACAAUACACUGAGUGUACAAAACAUUAGGAACACCUUCCUAAUAUUGAGUUGCACCCCCUUUUGCCCUCAGAACAGCCUCAAUUCAUCGGGGCAUGGACUCUACAAGGUGUCGAAAGCAUUCCACGGGGAUGCUGGCCCAUGUUGAUUCCAAUGCUUCCCACAGUUGUGUCAAGUUGGCUGGAUGUCCUUUGGGUGGUGGAUCAUUCUUGAUACACACGGGAAACUGUUGAGCGUGAGAAACCCAGCAGUUUUGCAGUUCUUGACACACUCAAUCCGGUGCACCUGGCACCUAUUACCAUACCCCGUUCAAAGGCUCUUCAAUAUUUUGUCUUGCCCAUUCACUCUCUGAAUGGCACACAUACACAAUCCAUGUCUCAAUUGUCUCAAGGCUUAAAAAUCAUUCUUUAACCGGUCUCCUCCCCUUCAUCUACACUGAUUGAAGUGGAUUUGUAUGAAAAUGUAUGCACUCACUAACUGUAAGUCGCUCUGGAUAAGUGCGUCUGCUAAAUGACUAAAAUGUAAAUGUAAAAAUUAAUGAAGCCGGUGACUGAUGUGGUAAACUUCUCAAUGCCAUCGGAUGAAUCCCAGAACAUUUUCCAGUCUGUGCUAGUGAAACAGGUCAUUCACCUGGUCAGUCUAUGUAAUGUUUUGUACACUCAGUGUAUAUUGAAUACAUGUAUCUGUUAUGAAUUAGAAAUAGCUCUUAAUACUCAGUGAUAGUGCUGAUGUUAUGGUGGGUCAGGGAAAAGAGAUGCCGUGAUUAAUGUGAUCCCGUGCAGGAGUUAAGUGACCAGGCUGGUGCAGAGUUUGACAACACAGACAUCAGAUGGGUCAUCACAGUGCCAGCGAUCUGGAAAAUGCCAGCCAAGCAAUUCAUGAGGGAGGCAGCCUACAAGGUGGGUGGGCCCCUGUCAAUCAACACACGUCCAUGUGCACACGCAUGCAAUCACACAGAGAGGCACAUAAGCUCAUGCAUAUACACACACAGACACACAGUCAAAUAUUCCAUUCAAAGUACUGUCUGUCUGCUGUAGUCGGCUCUCAACAUUUCAAACGACAAUGUUGUUGCAGAUCAAACCCUCUAUCCCCCUCAGUGUAAAUUAUGCUUCCGCAUAGUCUCACCACUAGCUCUUAAGAGGAAAGCCAUCUGUCGUUUGACAAAGGUACUGCAGGUACUUGGGAGAGAAAGUGAUGACGGUGCAUGAUUAGCUUUACCGCUGCUGUGAUGUAUUGCAGAUAGGAGAGAGGUGGGGGGCUGCUCUGGAGCUGCAGUGGCAGACAGUUGCAGAACACCCUCCUCCCUCUCGCUCUCUCCUUUAUGGGGGACAGACAGACUGAUAGAGGAGAGGGAGGGGAGCUGGAGGGAGCCACCGGGGAAAGGGAUUACUUCAUUACAAUGAGUUGUACCAAGAGAGAAGGAUGAGGAUAGGGCAGUGGGACAAGAUAUAGCAGGGAGAGGGUGCAUACUGAGGAUGAGAAUAGAAGAAGAGAAUAAUAAUAAUAUAUAUAUAUAUAUAUAUAUAUAUAUUAAAAAGAGAAUGAAGUGUCUAUUGUGAGAAUUCUACAAUACAGACAUGCCAGCUUACAGCAUCACAGCAUAGUAACACAGGCAGGGUUGUUUCUUUCCCCCAGAGGAGAAGAGUGGUGGGAGGUAGCUGCAGAGCUGUAUGAUGAGCACAUGGUAGUAUGGGUGUGGUACUCUGUGUAGACUAUAGAGGAAUGUCAGGGGAGAGGCCUGGAGGAGUGGGUGUGUGCGGAGGGAGGGGUGGGGGUACAAUCCAUGAGAGAAGGUCAAAUCCCACUGGGCAAAAACUGGUUGAAUCAACGUUUCCACGUCAUUUCAACAGAAAAAUUAUACUUGAAGACGUUAAAUCAAUGUGGAAAACUGAUUGGAUUUGUAAAAAGUCAUCAACGUAAGGGAAUUUUGAAAAAGUACGAAAAUGUAUGCACUCACUGGAUAAGAGUGUCUGCUAAAUUAAUUGUGUAUUUUUCCCCACCCAACUUUUAACCUAAAUCCAAUGACAUGGUGACAUGUUUUGUUGAUUUCACAUUGAAUUAAUGUUAGUUGACUCAAAUGUACAAAUGUAAAUCCAAACGAGAUGUUGAAAUGCCGUCUGAGCCCAGUGGGAUGGGUGUGUCAGUCUGUCUGAGGCUGCAGCCGGCAGAGAGAGACACCACCCUCCCCUCUGCAGUGAACAAAGAGGAUGGGCUGGGGAGAGAGAGGGAGAAGGGGGGAGAGAGAAAUAGAGGGAGACGGGGAAGGGGAAGGAGAGAUGUGAGAGGCGGCGAGACGGAGAGGAGAGAGGCUUUUUAGAUGGCUUGAUCACUUGAUAUCUGCAGAGGGGAUUGAGGCACAGUAAGAGGGGGAGGAUGUUCGGGGGGGGGGGGGGGGCAGUGGCGGUGGGUAAGGCUGCGUAUCUGCAGUGACUCAGCAUCCUCUGGCUUGAUCAUUUAUUAUUGGUACUGGGUGAAGCAGGCACACCCCUCCCUUACCCACUCCCUCUCCUCCACUCCUUCACCACGACAUGCAGAUCUCACAGAGCGGAGAGAUGUGAUGCAAUGCUCAGAUUUUAUACGUAGUCUGUUUUAUGUGUGUAUUGUGGACAGAAACACAAACCAGCCAGCACAGCAUGUGUUGAUCGAUAUGUCUCCAUUGUUCUGUUGAUCGAUAGGACUCCUUUGUCUCCAUUGUUCGAAUGCUGUAAAAGCAGUGGUUGCUUGAGAAAAUGUAAUAGCUUUAGGCAAUUCCUUUUAUGUUAGGAUUGCAUGAUUUAUCCCUUGAAUAUUUUCAUGUUCAAAUCUGUGGCUUUCCCAGAUCCCCAUACUUUCCCCCAAGCUAUUUAUCAUUUAGUAGUGAACUAGAUUGUUUUAUAUUAAUUAUGGUUGUGUUAAAUGUUUCCAGCUGUAGAUGGUAUUUACACAGUAUUGUAUUACUGUAUAAGUGUAUGUAGACAGUAUGUUUGCUUUUAGAAAAUUAAUUAUUUGAGUAGUGAUGGCCAUAUUGUCUUACUUCCUAUUUUGAGGUAUCGUGAAUCCUUAGCAUACCCUGAAUACUUAGCAAUGAGGGAUGUCCACAGUAACUUACUAGGACAGUUAUUCACAAUGCAAGUUUUAUUGGGGCCCUGUUAAGGAAAAAGCAGAUGUCCUUUAUUUCCUGUCUGUGCUCUGCCUUCCUCUAGGCUGGUCUGGUUCCCCUUGACAACCCAGAGCAGCUGAUCAUCGCCCUUGAGCCUGAGGCAGCCUCCAUCUACUGCCGUAAGCUCCGCCUCCACCAGAUGAUUGACAUUGGCACCAAGACCACCCAGAACGGUUUCAGCCCCGCUGAGAAUGUGGGGGCAGGGAUGACCCAGGGUAAAUCUGACCCCUGCCACCCCACAGGCCAAUCACAAUAUGAGCAUCACAUUCCACAUCACAAUAAUGUACCAUAAUAACAUUUUGCAUUCCCAUGUGACGAUUUCAUACAGUAUGUGCCUCUCAAAUUAAUAUUGGACUAUAGAUUGGUUAUUGGUUGACAAGCAUGCUUAUCAUUCCAAAAGUGUAAAAUCUGUGUUUUUGUCUGUUGAGUUUAGUCUGGAUAACUUUAUUCAGCAUGGAGGGGUAGUAGUUGGCCGGGGAGAACCAUCUUCCAACUGAAGUCUGGUCACAGGUUAUUGCAGUGAUAUUGUAGGUUUUUUAUUGUGGUAUUGUAAGUUUAUGUAAAAUGCUGCUAAUAGUCAAACAACCAGUGCCUUCAAUUCAUCUUAAACAUACAUUUCCUCUCAACGGAUAACAUGUAUGGGACAAUAUCCUCAGCUCUAACAUCACUUUUAUUUUCAUAUUCAGACACUAACAAUGCAUGACAAAUUUCAAAUAAUGUCUAUUUGCUUUUGCUUCUUUUAACUAAAAUGCCCUUGAAUACUAUGGGAAAAUUGGCCUAUGUAAUGUAUAUUUCAAUUACUUGUUGUAUUCAGGAUGUAACAUGGCAAAUAUACUGAUAUCUGAUUGUACAGAAGGUCAUUCAAACAGUAAAUAAUGGCACCUUAUAACUGGUCCAUAUUAUCCAAUGAAAUCCAAUCUAAUAUUUGACAGCAUGUGAAUCAGCAAUAGCAAAUGACUGUAAACUCCCUCAAGCCUUUCCUCUGUCUCACUCAUCACUCUUUUGUUUCAGGAAAUAGUUUUUGUUGUCCGUAGAUGAUCUAAACCAGAGAUUUAGAAGCUUAGUGCCUUCAGUCCUAUCUCUCUAUGCUAUUGACUGGGGAUAUGACUGAAUGCCACUCACAGUAGCAUUCACUUGCAUGCAUGGAAAUGAUUAAUCUCCCCUUUCUUUUAGUUCAUCAGCUCAUUUACCUUAUGCAUAUUGAAGAGGUCAAACUUCCAUAAAUGUUUUGUCCCUCAAAGAUGGAAAUAGGAUACUUUACUCUACCUCAAGGCAAAGUUUCCUCCAUAAUGUUCUCCAUCCCUGAGUUCUAUCAAAGAAAGGCAGAUUGUAAUAAUGUGACAUUUAUUUCAAUUUUCUCUCUUAGAGGUUGUAUCAGCAUUUAUGGAGAUUGUUGAUCUUUGACAGUGUAUUACACCUAUGUUGGUUCAAUUGACGCAUUGUGUCAUCAGCAUCAAUCAAAGAUGUCAUAGACCUAUUGAUGUAAUAGGUGCUGGGAGCCCAUGGAACAUGGAUUGAAUCCAGAGGAAUCAUGCCCAUAGGGGGCACAGGGGCACGUGCCCCUUCAGAUUUGUCGUGUUGAAAAAUGAAAAAUAAUUGUACAUUUUUUUUUCUUCUCCUUUUUUUCUUCUCUGUAAUACUACUAGCCACCUAGAAAUGUUAUGAAGUUGGCUUUAGCUAGCCCGGAUGAAUUCCCAAUCUCUUAACCUCAUAACUACUACAUUUCAGGCUAUCAAUCAAGUCUUAGCUGGCAAGGUUGGUAGACUUUAGAAAAGCAAGCAAUUACGAAAUGUACUGAAUAAGACUCACAUUCCUUUCAAUCAUUUACCCAGAUUUUAGCAGAGAUGCAGAGAAGCAUAUUUCCUUUAAAAAAAUUACCACCAGUCAGGAGGAUACAGACAGCUCAAGGGGUAUGCUUAGAUAUGCAGAAAAAUAAACAUAUUUCUGUUAUAGAAUUAAGCAUAAUGAUUAUGGAUCUAGAUUGCAGUAAAAAGCAGUUUCAAGUGUUUGAAAAAUGCAAAAUUCUCCAACUUUAGUACGGUGGGGCCUCCCUCUGGACCACCCCCAGCCAUCCUCAUGUACUUUGUGCCCCCUCAGAUUUUUGGGGUUCAUGACGCCCCUGAUUGAAUCCAUUCUUCCUGGUGUCUGUGACCUUGGUGAGAGGCUGACAUUUAUCCAAGGUGUCAAUUCAAAACUAUAGGCUCCAGUCCUUGAAUGCCAAGUAUUUUAUGUCAAACAUAUAAUUUAUACCAUCUGUCAAACAUAUAAUUUAUACCAUCUGUCAAACAUAUCAUUUCCUGAAUGGGAUUCACUUGUUAUAGUAGUACUGUAGCUUUAGUUUGAAUUCAAUAUGAUUCGCCCACACAUUCAGUAGAGGGAACCCUGUAGGACAACAGUGCACAUGGUAUACUGUCUUUAAUAAGAACUGAGAUGAGAGAUGAUAUACUGUACUGUAUAGACUAUUAUUGUUGAUUCUGAAUACUCACUGCAACAAUAUGAAAACAGUAUUCAAUCUGUAAUUGGACACUUGUUGCCUUACCGAUCUUGGAUGAUGGUCAUUGCAUUGAUGGAAUGUUCAUUGCCUCCGUCAUGGUUUACAAUGCUCUAACCGCAUGCUGUAACAAGGCUGAAGGCUAUUGGUGUCUCUUUGGAGCAGAUGUGUUCCUAUGUUUUUCCUUUAUAGACUCUCUAAUGGCCUGUUUUAGGCUGUGUCUGGUCAGCUUAGGUCUAUGAUUAUGGCCACAUACUUUAAGACUAGCAGAGUUUGUAUUUUUCCUAUAUCUCUACAUUCCUGUAAAAUGCUUAGUUUAUUGUCCAAAAUGGUGCUCAAAGUGUCCCAAGGCUAUAUACAGGAUUUCAGAACUAGCGAGGACAAUGUAGCACCAUCCAACGGAUAUAUCUUCUACUAAUAAUACUUAUGGAAUAUUUAGUUGGUUUGAAAUAAACCCUGUGAUGAAUAGUCAGAUUGUGUGUAGGCUUACCGCCUUGCCUCCAGUAGCAAUGCAGAGGUCAGAGAGAGGUUUGAAAAAAAGAACAGGGCACAAGUCAAUAUCCCCAAGUCUAAUGCUGGGGUUUCCAACAGGAUGUUACAACUCUUUUCCAAUUUAGGUAUUUUUGUGUUGGAAGAGAAGUGUACUCUCUGUCCAGCUGCUGCUGUUUCCUCCUUACAUUAACUUUCCCAUAAUGGUCGCUCCUCUACUCGAGUAGCUUCCACCAUCGCUAACUCACAACAUUCUCACAGCGUUCCUGGAAGGUUAUUCCUUCAUUUUGUUGUCUGUGUUUUGACAUGUUGAUGGAAGAGGUAAUGGUGAGAUAGAUAGACCCCACUCUCACGCCUUCCUGAGAACUAAUAGGAGUAGGAAAUUCCUCCUUCCCCUGUUGGAGGAAAUGUCCUUCUGACAUCUUGAUCGCUGUGAUCAUGCUACUACUACUGUCUCUUCCUGUUUUCAACCAGUGAUUUCAAGGUCCAUAUGUGAUUAAUCCCAUCAUUAGCCCAUAAGUACUGAUCAUAAGAGCAUUCUCCAGUUUUGAACAUUGAGUGUAGAAUGUCCUUUACUUGGCCAGUGUUCUCUCAUCCCUUUGCAGCUAACAUGUUUUUUUCCCUAUGUAGGAAGAACAUUUCAUCAGCGAAUAUAAUGAUAAAGCACAGUUUCAAUAUGAAUACAUAAACUAAAACACUAGAAACUGUCAACACAGUUUCUCUGAGAUGGGUACCUGUGAUUAAGCCAUAUAGACAGUUCUAGAGUUCUAUCGCUGACUUCACUCCUAGACAUCAUAUAGCCCUACCAUCCUGUCGCUUGACUUACAUUGUAUGACCCACACAGCUUCACCAAAGCGCUUUCAUCCUUCUCACACUCGGCCAUUCUCUUUCUGUCAAUAACCAGCCAAGGAGCAUGUCCGAAGCAAACGGCAGAGCCGCACCUUUUUGGUGGAAAAUGUCAUAGGGGAGCUUUGGUCGGAGCUGGAAGAAGGUAGAGUCUUUUUCUCUCUUUUACACUUCUGUUUCUCUCUCCCUCCUUCCUCUCUCUACAUUAUUUGCUCUUGCUGUUUCUUAUACUGCUGAUCAUGCAUCGUGCUGGUUAUUCACAACCCUAAAAAACAACAACAUGCUUAUUGAGUGGGAGGAUCUACUCUACUUAAUAUCUUGUUUUUGCUAAUAACCUCAUGCUUUUACAGUCUAAUCGAUUACAUUUCUCUACUAAUCAAAUGCUUCCUGUAGGUUUGGCUGGAUGUUGACAUGUCAGUGAUCAUAUGGUUGUUUACAUCAGUGGUUCCCAACCAGGGGUACUAUGACCCCUGUGGGUACUUGGCCUAUCCACAGGGGUUACUUGAGAAGACUUAUGAGACCAUAGGCUUACUGGUAAAAUGCACAUGAGGGGGUACUUCAGGGGUACUCCAGGCAGAGCAAAAUUCAGUUGGUGGUACAGUAAGCGAUAAAAGUUGGGAACCACUGGUUUACAUGAUCACAUGGUGAUUACUGACCACUGUGACAGUGUGGGCAUGGUGAUAGUAUAGGUUAUCUACUGUAUGAAAGGACUGAAAUCCAGUAUAGCAAUUGGUUUCUCCUCUAUCUCCCUCCUCCAUGCCCCUGUUGUCCCAGUGUUAUAGUAGCUACACUGUACCAGGUCGCCAGUACCCACUUGGGAUUUUAGGGCGUGACGGUAUCAUGACUACUCGUGUUCAACAUCCUCUGAGUGUGUCCCAAAAACAGAAGCUGCUUUUAGAGGAAAAUGUCAGAAGUCAUGCUUCAGAGGCGCUAUUGGCUACCGCUAUAGUCUUCUGCCCCUUGUCCUCCAAUGACGUUUCUCUCCAUGUUGCCAGGUGACCGCUAUGUGGUGGUUGACUGUGGUGGCGGAACGGUUGACCUCACGGUCCAUCAGAUACAGCUCCCUGAGGGACAUCUCAAGGAGCUCUAUAAGGCCUCAGGUACAGAGACUUCUCAAUGCUCAUAUAGCAGCUCUCGCUGUAUGCAUGUUACACUGAGAUGGAUCUAAGCAGUGUCCUCAAUACAACAACAAUCACAUUAUUCUGGCUGUUAUAUUACAUUGUGGGGUUGAUGCUUGGACUCCUAGACUAAAAAACACUUUCAUAGCAGAAGUCUAGCAGUAGGCUUAAUCAGGGUCCAUGCAACCACCUCUAUGAGUUCUAUGGACUCUUGAGUCAUUUGAGCUGUUAUUGACCGACACUAAUUUUCUCCUCCUCAGGCGGUCCUUAUGGCUCCAUUGGUAUUGACUAUGAGUUUGAGAAGCUCCUGUGUAAGAUCUUCGGGCCCGACUUCAUCGACCAGUUUAAGAUUAAGCGGCCGGCUGCCUGGGUGGAUCUGAUGAUCGCGUUUGAGUCCAGGAAACGGGCAGCGGCCCCGGACAGGACCAACCCCCUGAACAUCAACCUGCCCUUCUCCUUCAUUGACUACUACAAGAAGUUUAGAGGUCACAGUGUGGAACACGCCCUGCGCAAGAGCAAGUGAGUGUGUGUAUGAUUGGGGAGGUUAGAGGAUUGGUACAGGAUACAGCAUACACUGAAAUUCUAGAGCUCAAUCAACUCCCUAUUGAGUGAUUACACAAUUACCCAAACAUGUGUCUGAAUAAGUAUGUCCUAGCUGUCAGAUGUAAUAUACACUGAGUGUACAAAAAAUAGGAACACCUGCUCUUUCCAUGACAUAGACUGACCAGGUGAAUCCAGGUAAAAGCUACAAUCCCUUAUUGAUGUCACCUGCUAAAUCCACUUCAAUCAGUGUAGAUGAAGGGGAGGAGACAGGUAAAAUGAUUUUUAAGCCUUGAGACAAUUGAGACAUGGAUUGUGUAUGUGUGCCAUUCAGAGGGUGAAUGGGCAAGACAAAAUAUUUAAGUGCCUUUGAACAGGGUAUGGUAGUAGGUGCCAGGCGCACCGGUAUGAGCGUGUCAAGAUCUGCAACACUGCUAGGUUUUUCAGGCUCAACAGUUUCCUGUGUGCAUCGUUUUGGAAACUAGGCGUAUAUAGCGCGUCACUACUUCACAGGAGCGCCAUUUGAACAUAAACUUUAUUUUAUUUUUACAUGUUCAAAUAUUACACGUUUCUAAUUUUGUCAGAAAGUCAUUUUCAUUUCAAGUUAAAGUGUACUGUUAGCUGGCUGGCUAGCUAGCUAACGUUAUGUGUAUGAUCUGUGUAGUAAUAUUAUUAGUAUCUCAGAGCCAUUUGCAUUGGUAGUUAUAGCCUAAUGUUAGCUAGCUAACAUUGCACCUGGUUGGUUAGCUACCUGCAGAUUCAUGUAGGGUAGUAACGUUAUGAGUCGGGAUUUUGGUUCAUUGUUUAGCUAGCUACAUGUCUAAAAAAAAGACUCCACAAUGCAAGUAACUAUUUCAAUAGAAUGUUUAUGAUGUCACUGCGACAACUGUCAAUAGACGUAGCUGGUAAAUUCUCUCUGGCUAUCUACGCCGAUUUCAGAGCACUCUCUAUGAGUGUGCCAAAGGGCAGAAUAACUGACAUAUUUACGAACGCUCAACACACGUACAAACAUGGCCGGUGUCAGUAAACGUUAGCAAAAAAGCGUUUUGACAUUUUUUCCAGCAGCACAGUUGCAGUCACCAACGCUCUGGAUAACAUAAAAACAGCCUAAUCAGCUCUGCUAGGGCGAGUAAAAUGGUCAGAGUGAGCUGUUCUCUCAUUUGUGUCUGGAAGUAACUAGCAAGCUAGCCAACUAUAGCCAGUUAGCUUGGGUGCUUGACUGCUGUUGUUAGUCAGAACGCUCGGAUCAACCCUACUCCUCAGAGAAAGAGUACAGAUUACAUUUACACCCGUAAUAUAAACCAGCCUUUAGACUUGAAAUCUUUUUUUGUUUAGUACAUAGCCUCACAUGUGAACCUUAAAGAGAUGGAUGGGGGUAAAUCUUAAGAGGGUGUGAACGAUGCUGAAUGGCUGUCGACAAAAGAGCUCUCCAGUAGGUACCAAAACAUUCAAGGGCGAACUAUUAGGAAGUUAUGUUUUGUACACUCAGUGUAUGUUUACUUGGUGUAUGUAUCCAUGUGAAUACACACAAGCUUCCUCUGCACAGAUUUCAAUUCCUUUAACCAAACAUUUAAUGACCAACUUGCGACAUAUGACCAUAUAUUAUCCAUUAUAUACCAGGGAAUUUAGAAUUCACCACCUUUCCCCCUCCACCACCUUACAGUCAGCUCAUUAAGAGACAGCAGGCGUCUCAAUACACAUGCAAGACCUUACUGUUAACAGUCAGACUAGAGGGUGGUAUCAAAGUGAGACAGGGUCUUUAUAUAAGCAAGCUUUAUUUUAAUGUUAUUCAGUCAUUUUUUGUGAAUUCAAGUGCACAAUACUGCACCAAACAUUAAUUACAUACUACUGUGUGUAGGCAGAAAGAAAGCAUUUCAGACUUGUCUUGGCUGAAGUAAUUUGAACUGAAUGAACCUGAGUGAGAAUACUUAGUCAGCUAAUUACACCAGUCUAGUGUAUUGUAUACACUAGACUAUUGUCUAACUUUGAUACCACCCUGUGGUCUGGGUGUUAACAGUCAUUUCUUGCAUGCAUACAUAUUUUCAUCCCAUAUUAAACUCAUGGGACCCUUAAAGACAUUCAGAUUCCCAAAAACCUGCGCCUCCAGCAGUCCUGUGGGUCCUCUGACUCAGUCAUAACUGUAAAUAAUUUAGUCUGUCUCACUCUGCUGAAAAAGCCUUUGUGUAAAAUAGUGUGUGGCAAGCACACGCACUCACAAACACCUUGGAGAAUACUCAAACGAUACCAGAUGGAUUCUAUACACUCCUAUAAGAUAUGUUACAAUAAGAGCAGAGUGAGGGGAAGGAGUACAUAUAGGAAAACACUGGUCUCAUGAAAGAAACUCACGUGAGCUACUGCAUGGAGACAGACACCACUUAUCCAUUGUUCUCCUACAGACAUAAAGGCAACCCACCAACUCAAUUCAGUCUAAUGUAGCAACAUUUUAAUAUACAGUGGGGAGAACAAGUAUUUGAUACACUGCCGAUUUUGCAGGUUUUCCUACUUACAAAGCAUGUACAGGUCUGUAAUUUUUUAUCAUAGGUACACUUCAACUGUGAGAGAUGGAAUCUAAAAAAAUCAAGAAAAUCACAUUGUAUGAUUUUUAAGUAAAUCAUUUGCAUUCAUUUUAUUGCAUGACAUAAGUAUUUGAUCACCUACCAACCAGUAAGAAUUCCGGCUCUCACAGACCUGUUAGUUUUUCUUUAAGAAGCCCUCCUGUUCUCCACUCAUUACCUGUAUUAACUGCACCUGUUUGAACUCGUUACCUGUAUAAAAGACACCUGUCUACACACUCAAUCAAACAGACUCCAACCUCUCCACAAUGGCCAAGACCAGAGAGCUGUGUAAGGACAUCAGGGAUAAAAUUGUAGACCUGCACAAGGCUGGGAUGGGCUACAGGACAAUAGGCAAGCAGCUUGGUGAGAAGGCAACAACUGUUGGCGCAAUUAUUAGAAAAUGGAAGAAGUUCAAGAUGACGGUCAAUCACCCUCGGUCUGGGGCUCCAUGCAAGAUCUCACCUCGUGGGGCAUCAAUGAUCAUGAGGAAGGUGAGGGAUCAGCCCAGAACUACACGGCAGGACCUGGUAAAUGACCUGAAGAGAGCUGGGACCACAGUCUCAAAGAAAACCAUUAGUAACACACUACGCCGUCAUGGAUAAAAAUCCUGCAGUGCAUGCAAGGUCUCCCUGCUCAAGCCAGCGCAUGUCCAUGUCACGAUCGUCUAACAUAGAGGACCAAUGCGCAGCGUUGAAGGUGAACAUAGUUUAUUACUAUAAAUGAUCACACGAUCAAAAACACAAACGAAAACGUGACGUCUACGGUUUCACACAAACCGAAAUGAACAAGAAACCACAAACACAACGUGAACGACAGAUAGUUAAAUAUGGCUCCCAAUCAGAGACAACGAGCCAACAGCUGACACUCGUUACCUCUGAUUGGGAGUCACUCAAACAAAGAAAUACAAUAACCUAGAACCCACAACAAAACAUAGAAACUAACACCCUGGCUCAACAUACGAGAGUCCCCCGAGCCAGGGCGUGACAGUACCCCCCCCUAAAGGCGCGGACUCCGAACGCGCCAACGAAACACAACAGGGGAGGGUCUGGGUGGGCACUCCGCCUAGGCGGCGGAUCCGGCUCCAGUGGAACAGGCACGUGCCGUGCCGGACCGACGACGCACACCACUGGCUUGGUGUGGGGAACAGGCACGGGCUGUGCUGCACUGACGACGCACACCACUGGCUUGGUGUGGGGAGCAGGAGCGGGCCGGACAGGGCUGACGAAACGCCCCACAGACUUGGUGCUGGGAGCAGGAAUGGGCCGGACCGGGCUGGCGACGCGCACCACAGACCUGGUGCGGAGAGCAGGAACGGGCAGAGCCGGGCUGACGAGACGCACCACAGGCUUGAUGCGGGGAGCAGGAAUGGGCCGGACUGGGCUGGCGACGCGCACCACAAACCUGGUGCGGGGAGCAGGAACGGGCAGAGCCGGGCUGACGAGACGCACCACAGGCUUGAUGCGGGGAGCAGGAAUGGGCCGGACUGGGCUGGCGACGCGCACCACAGACCUGGUGCGGGGAGCAGGAACGGGCAGAGCCGGGCUGACGAGACGCACCACAGACUUGAUGCGGGGAGCAGGAAUGGGCCGGACUGGGCUGGCGACGCGCACCGCAGGUUCGGUGCGGGGAGCAGGAAUAGACCGGACCGUACUGGGGACACACACCACUGGCUCUACACCGGGAUCUGGAACGGGCCGGACCGGACUGGCAACACACGCCAGUACCUCUCGCCGUGCCUCUACUUCCUCCAUCCCCUCUUCGACCAGUGGCCCCCGUAACCCGGCGGCCUUCUCCGGCAACCCACUGGGCCGCUCUAUCGCGGCCUCCUGCUGGUCCGACGUCGUGAGCCCCCCCCUAACAAUUUUCGGGGCGUCUCUCCUACCCGUGGACCACGUCUCCAUAUCCCUCGCCAGCUUCUCGCCCUUCUGCCAUAAUGUCAAGCCCUUGUCUUCCUCCCUCGGCUUGACCCAGUCCAGGAGGGGAAGGAGAUCUGUGAGGGAUCUCCCUGGCGAUGGCUCCUGAACACGCUGCUUGGUCCCAUCUUGGUGGUUUCUUCUGUCACGAUCGUCUAACAUAGAGGACCAAUGCGCAGCGUUGAAGGUGAACAUAGUUUAUUACUAUAAAUGAUCACACGAUCAAAAACACAAACGAAAACGUGACGUCUACGGUUUCACACAAACCGAAAUGAACAAGAAACCACAAACACAAUGUGAACGACAGAUAGUUAAAUAUGGCUCCCAAUCAGAGACAACGAGCCAACAGCUGACACUCGUUACCUCUGAUUGGGAGUCACUCAAACAAAGAAAUACAAUAACCUAGAACCCACAACAAAACAUAGAAACUAACACCCUGGCUCAACAUACGAGAGUCCCCCGAGCCAGGGCGUGACAGUCCAGGCCCGUCUGAAGUUUGCCAAUGACCAUCUGGAUGAUCCAGAGGAGGAAUGGGAGAAGGUCAUGUGGUCUGAUGAGACAAAAAUAUAGCUUUUUGGUCUAAACUCCACUCGCCGUGUUUGGAGGAAGAAGAAGGAUGAGUACAACCCCAAGAACACCAUCCCAACCGUAAAGCAUGGAGGUGGAAACAUCAUUCUUUGGGGAUGUUUUUCUGAAAAGGGGACAGGACGACUGCACCGUAUUGAGGGGAGGAUGGAUGGGGCCAUGUAUCGCGAGAUCUUGGCCAACAACCUCCUUCCCUCAGUAAGAGCAUUGAAGAUGGGUCGUGGCUGGGUCUUCCAGCAUGACAAUGACCCGAAACACACAGCCAGGGCAACUAAGGAGUGGCUCCGCAAGGAGUGGCUCCGUAAGAAGCAUCUCAAGGUCCUGGAGUGGCCUAGCCUGUCUCCAGACCUGAACCCAAUAGAAAAUCUUUGGAGGGAGCUGAAAGUCUGUAUUGCCCAGAGACAGCCCCGAAACCUGAAGGAUCUGGAGAAGGUCUGUAUGGAGGAGUGGGCCAAAAUCCCUGCUGCAGUGUGUGCAAACCUGGUCAAGACCUACAGGAAACGUAGGAUCUCUGUAAUUGCAAACAAAGGUUUCUGUACCAAAUAUUAAGUUCUGCUUUUCUGAUGUAUCAAAUACAUAUGUAAUGCAAUAAAAUGCAAAUUAAUUACUUAAAAAUCAUACAAUGUGAUUUUCUGGAUUUUUGUUUUAGAUUCCGUCUCUCACAGUUGAAGUGUACCUAUGAUAAAAAUUACAGACCUCUACAUGCUUUGUAAGUAGGAAAACCUGCAAAAUCGGCAGUGUAUCAAAUACUUGUUCUCCCCACUGUAUAUAUAUAUUUUUUACAUUGGAUGAAAGUAUAGACUCAGAGCUACAACAUGGUAUAUCAUACAGUGCAUUUGAGGAACAAUGGGAAAGUAAUUCUGCUUUGUAUGUUGAUAAACUUGUAACCCCACUUUUGAGAAAAUGACCCUUUGUCUACACCCAUUCAUCAUCGUUCACACCCUCUUAAGCCUUAGCCCCACCCAUCUCUUUAAGGAUCACAUGUGAGGCCAUGUGCUAAACAGAGUAAGUAAGGUAGUGUAGUAAACAACCAAAGAUUUCAAGACUAAAAGUGGUGAAAGUAAUAGCAAAAAGUAGUAGUAAAAAUACACUAUCUAGUCCUUGGCCUAUAUCCUAAUCUGACUUUGGUGCAGGUCAUGUUGUUCUUCACAUUACCAUCUCUGGUAAAGACAAGUGUAUUUGUCACAUGCACAGGAUACAGAAGGUGUAGGCAGGUAGCUUAGUGGCGGCAGGUAGCUUAGUGGGUAAGAGCGUUGUGCCAGUAACCGAAAGGUCGCUGGUCCCCGAGCUGACUAGGUGAAAAAUCCCUUCGAUGUGCCCUUAAGCAAGGCACUUAACCCUAAUUGCUCCUGUAAGUCGCUCUGGAUAAGAGCGUCUGCUAAAUAUGUAAAAUGUAAAAUGUGUAAACAGUACAGUGAAAUGGUUACUUGCAUAGUAGCAAUAUCAAAAAUAGACUGUCUAAAUUGAUGCGUCAUGUGAAAGAAAUUAUAUAACCACCUCCCAGCCGCAUCUAGCUAAGUGGAUGGGUCACUAUAGUCUAGACAUGUACACAUGUUCAUUAAAUACAAUAGAUGGCCGUAAUCACCCCUAGAUACACCUGGCUAACUUAAUAGGUAAUGUAAUCAUCUGGCGGAGUGUAGUCUUUUGUUUAGACACGUAGCUAGCUAGCUAGCUAGCUAGCUAAACAAUGAACCAUAAUCCACACCAUACAGUACAAACGGAUUGUGAUAGCUAGCCACCAUGCAUGAAAUGCUGUGGUAUGAAUCUGCAGGUAGCUAAAGCUAACCAACUAGCUAGAUAACAUUAGGCUAUAACUAGCAAUGCAAAUGGCUUUCUGAGAUACAAAUAAUAUUACUACACAGCGAGCCAGCAAGCUAACGUUCGCUAGCUAGCUAACAGUAUGCUUUAACUUCCAAUUAAAAUGACUUUCUGACAAAAUUAGAAACGUAUACUAUCUGACUCUUACCCAUAUACAUGGAUGAACGCUUGUUUGGCCCAUUGUGUCAAGUCACUCCGGUUCACACUGACUGUGUACAGAAAGUAGUCCAUCACAACCUUUUCCCACUGAUCUUUGUCGAUAGUGCCUGCUAAAUUCAGGGCAGCAAUGUUGUUGAGAGCAGUAGCAACACUUUUGCAGUUCUCCAUGGCUAACAUAUUUUUCAAAAAAGCUGCAGUAGCAAGGACACAUACGUUCAAAUGCCUCUCCUGUGAAGUAGUGACGUGCGACAUACGCCUAGCUUCCUGAAACGGGUCACAAAUGUAUUCCAUAGAGAGCUCACUGUGUUAAAUCUCCAUAUAGAUAAUAUACCAAGCACAAGGGGUAAAACGUAGUGGUAGACACAGUAAUUUCCUUAUAUCCAUUCAGGGGACUGUAAAAAAAAGGUUUUGUUUCCUAAAGACAUCAUAGGUCACAUACUGUACUGACGGAGAAGGAAGUCUGGUUCAGAGUGCAUUGUAUCAGUGCUUUUACAGUAGCCUACCAAUCUACUGGUAAUCAGAGCAGGGUUAAUAAUGGCAUGCUUAUCUAUCCUCUCUUGUCUCUGCAGUGUGGACUUUGUGAAGUGGUCCUCCCAGGGCAUGCUGAGAAUGAACCCUGAUGCCAUGAAUGCCCUCUUCAAGCCCACAAUAGACCACAUCAUUCAGCACCUCAGUGAGUAGCAGCUCUUACUAAUACAAAACCUAUUUUUUUGGCACACUGGGGGACUACAUAUACUGUACAGUAUACCAGUAGUAUCUGAGAGAUGUAGUCUGUGACUAUUAUACAGUAGGAAGCUGUCCAUGUGUUUGCCUGCAAGGGUUGAAACCUGAAAGUCAAAGCAGGAUGAGUAAUAGACACAGUGUGGAAAUGGGUGUCACUCAUCCAUUUUAAUGAGCUGAGAUUUCUGAACUUACAUUCAAAAUGGCUGAAGUUCCCAAUGUUUCCUUGUAACUCGCAAAUCUUGGGUUUAGCAAUACUGCAGCCUAUCUAAUGUUAAUCUAAGGUGUUGGCCCUGCUGCUGUCUUGAAAAAGAGACAUAUCUCAACUGAUCUAGGUGAAUAAAGCAUGAUUCUGUUUUCAGUUUGGAUCAUAUGCAUCUCUAUACUGUAUGUGAGCGGUCCACCCAGGCUUAAUUGAAAGCAUUCCCAUCCCCAUUCCUAGUUCAAUGGAGUUGAGAUCCCAGAAGAGACAUUUGGGGAGUGCACACUGCACCCCUAAGGGUUCCUCUCACUGUACAUUGAGCAGUCUACCCAGUACUCCCACCUAAAAUAAACCAACGUACUUCAAUAAUGCAUGCAGUGGUUUUGGACAGAGUAAGAAGUUGGUCACAUUACUGAAUUCCUAGAGUAAACAACUUGUUUGUUGAAGUUGUUGUUUUUAAUGGUGUUACUAAUGGAAUAACACAUAGCCAUCUGCUAAUGCCUGCAGAAAAUUGACAUUUUAAUAAUGCUUCACAUACUGUAGAGUAGAACUCCUGUUGAAUAACAACUCUCUCCCUUUCAGCUGAUCUCUUUGAUAAGCCGGAGGUGUGUGACAUCAAGUUCCUGUUUCUGGUGGGCGGCUUCGCUGAGUCGCCCCUGCUGCAGCAGGCUGUGCAGAACAUGCUACAUGGCCGCAGCCGCAUCAUCAUCCCCCACGACGUGGGCCUCACCAUCCUCAAAGGGGCCGUCCUCUUCGGCCUGGACCCCAGCGUCAUCAAGGUGCGCCGCUCGCCCCUCACCUACGGUGUGGGCGUCCUCAACCGCUAUGUGGAGGGCAAGCACCCACCUGACAAGAUGCUGGUGAAGGACGGCAUGCGCUGGUGCACCGACGUCUUCGACACCUUCAUCGCCUGCGACCAGUCCGUGGCCCUGGGCGAGACGGUGAAGCGCAGCUACACGCCCGCCAAGCCCAGCCAGCAGGUCAUCGUCAUCCACAUCUACUGCUCGGAGAAGGAGGGCGUGGGCUUCAUCAGCGAGCCGGGCGUGAGGAAGUGUGGCACGCUGCGGCUGGAUGUGACCGGUACGGAAAGCACUGCAGCACGCCGUGAGAUCCAGACGCACAUGCAGUUCGGGGACACGGAGAUCCGGGCCAUGGCGGUGGACGUGGCCACCUCGCGUACCGUCAAGGCUAGCAUUGAUUUCCUUACUCAG